AUGGCGCGCUCAGGGGGAGCCGCCGCGCUGGCGCUCCUCGCGCUGGCGCUGCUCCUCCUCCUCCGCGCGCCAUCGCCAUCACCCGUCAGCUUCGACGAUGACCUCGGGAUCCCACCCCCCGGCGUGGGGUGGCGCCAUCGCAUCGGCGACGCCCCCGAGGACGGCGCCGAUGCGAAGAGACCGCGUCCGACGCCGAUGCGAGGCACGGUCGACGACGGCGCGCGACACGGCGCCCCGCUCGGCGGCCUCGGGUCCGGGUCGAUCGGAAGGUCCUACCUCGGCGACUUCUCGCGGUGGCACCUUAAAGUCGGGUCGCACACGCAUCGCGUCGCCGCGCACACGUUCGCCGCGUGCCGGGUGAACGGCGUCGCGACCGUGCUGUCCGCGUCGCCCGCGCACGCGUCCCUGGAGGGCGUCCCGUCUUCCGAGGACGACGACGAUUCGCCUCCGCCGCGAACGCGACGUCGACGGACGCUCCCGGAGGACGGCAUCGGCGGGAACUACACCGCGCUGUACCCGCGCGCGUGGUACGAGUACGCCCCCGAUGCGCUGCAUCCCGACGCGCGCGUCGUCGUGUCGCAGGUGCAAUUCUCCCCGGUGCUCCCGGGGGACUACCGCGCGUCCGCCGUCCCCACGGGCGUGCUUCGCUUCGUCGCGCGGAACGACGGGCGCGCCACCGCGAACGUCUCGAUCAUGCUGAGCUUCGAGAGCGUUCUGGCGUCCGCAGACGUCGCGCCGUUGGACGUGAGCGGACCGAGGGACGCGUGGAGGGUCGCGUCCGAGCCGACGACGCACGAGACGUUCUUCUCCUCGCGCGAAAGCCGGCGGGAGGGGCGGCGAAGGCGGCGGAUCAUCGUCGGCGGCGCGCACGCGCACACGGUCGGCGUCACGGACGGGACGUUCACGCCGAGCGCGGACCACCACGGCGGCGUCGCGAUCGCGGCGGAGGGGGGCGACGGCGUCGAGGUCAGCGUGUUGCGCGAGUACGACACGCUGGACGGCGACGCGGUGGCCGCGGCGUGGGACGCGUUCGAGAGAAACGGGGGGUUCGCGGAGGAUGAGGACGAGGAGGAUGAGGCGGCGGCUGAGGAGGAUGCGGCGUCGGCGGCGUCGGCGUCGGCGGCAAAAGUCGCUUCCCCGGGCGCCGCGGCCGCGGUGUCGGCGAAGUUCUCGCUGAAGCCCGGAGAGCGACGGUCGAUCGCGUUCGCGAUCGCGUGGGAUCUCCCCGUGGCGACGUUCCCGCGCGGCCCGGCGUUUUUGAAGCGGUACGCGUGGAGGCGGCGUCGCAGAGGCGGCGGCGCGGCGGACGUCGCGAUGAGCGCGCUGAGACGCGCGGCGUCGUGGGAGCGGCGCGUGCGCGCGUGGCAGGCGCCGUACGUGGACUCCGCGGCGAACGCGGACUCCAAAAGCCCCGUUCGACGCCCCGGGUGGUUCGUCACCGCGUUGUUCAACGAGCUGUACUACCUCGUCGACGGCGGGACGCUGUGGGGGCGGCCGCUCUCCGUCGGCGGCUUGGACGGGGACGAGUUCGACGACGACGAGGACGACGAGGUCGAGGACGCGCUCGAUGGCGACUCCGCCGACGACGCGGAGGUGAGACUGCUUCCCAUACGACCCCGUUCGCGUGGUGAACGCCGUUCCUUAAGGCGCCUCGGUCUUCUCGGCGGCGAGGACGGCGACGGCGGCGACGCGCGCGACGUCAUCGGCAACGGCGGCGCGUGGGGCGGCACCCUGGGGAGGUUCGGGAGCGCGUCCGACGUCGACCGCGCGACGUACAACGCGUUGGACGAAUACUUUUACGGGUCGUGGCCGCUCGCGACGCUGUGGCCGGGGUUGGACCUCGCCGUGAUCGGGGACUUGGCGCACGCGGUGGACGCCGCGGACGACACGGAGAGGCGCGUCCUGUGGCGCGCGCUGGGGUCAGCGAAGAAGAGCGCGGGGGGCACCGGGGCGACGACGACGACGAUUGCGAGCCAGACGAAGCGACGGAAGAUCCGGGGCGUCGCGCCGAGGGACCUGGGGACGUCGCGCGACGCGCCGUUGACGUCGGCGCCGAACGCGCUCUCCGACGUCGACUCGAACGCGCUCUUGGACCUCGCGCCGAAGCUGAUGCUUCUCGUCGCGCGCGCGCACGCGCUCAGAGGCGGGUUCAGGGGCCCCGAGGCGAUGGCGUCGUUCGGCGGGGGUCUCGAGCGCGACGCGUUGCGACGGGUGUUCGAGCCCGCGUACCGGGCGCUCGCGACGCAACUCCGCGCGCGCGACUUGAACGGCGACGGGUUGCCCGAGCACGGCGACGCGGACGCGCCGACGCUGAGCGGGUACGAUCGGUGGGUCGUCUCGGGGAACGCGUCGUCGUACGGCGGCGGGCUGUGGCUCGCGGCGUUGCGCGCGGGCGCGGGCAUCGCGCGGGAUUUAGACGAGACGGACGCGCGGACGAGCCUGGAAGAGACGCUGCGCAUCGCGGCGAAAUCGUUCGACGAAGCGCUGUGGCGCGGCGGCGGCGGCGGCGGCGGCGGCGGCGUUCGGAAGUCCCAGUCCCGGUCCCGCCGGGGGACCCACGCGUUGGAGGGGUACUACGCCGCGGACGCGAGCGGCACAGACGCGGGCGACGUCGUCCUCGCCGGGCAGGUCAUGGGCGAGUGGGCGCUGGGGAUGAUCCGCGCCCCGGGGGUGUUGGAUCCGAGAAAGGUUCGCGCGGCGCUCUCGACGACGUACGAGCGAAACGUGAAAGCGUUCGGUCGCGCCCGCGGCGGUUCCGGUUCCGGUUCCGACGACGAGCCGUCGACCUACGUGCCGUCGGGCGCGGUGAACGGCGCGCGCGUCGACGACGCGACCGACGCCGCCGCCCUCGGCGUCGGCGCGGGGGAUGGCAUCCCGGCGCAGGCGAGGGAGUCUCGAGUCGGUCAGUCGUACGCGCUCGCGUCGCACCUCAUCCUCGCGGGGUUCUCGGACGAGGGGUGGGACGUCGCGCGCGGGGCGUACAGGGUGACGUACGAGGACGGGUUCGCGUUCCGCACGCCGGAGAUAUUCGACGCGGAGAGGCGGUUCCGCGGCGCGAUCUCCGGUCGAGCCGGCGCGGUGUGGGCUAUCGAGCGGUCGUUGGCGACGGCGGCGGCGCGCGCGCGGCGUUCGGAGGAGGCGAGGGCGGCGAGAGAGAAGGGAGACGACGCGACGCCCGCGGCAUCGCGCGACGCGCGGGUCGAGGACAAGGACGAGCUUUGA